CUUCACUAAGAAUCAUGAGAGCUUUGGUACUUUUCCUACUCGUGGCUUUCGCCUCGUGCUUAAGUGCUAAGAACUAUGUACGAGUUUGCUAUCACACAAACUGGUCUCAGUAUCGUCCAGGUGCUGGCAAAUUCUGGCCCGAAACCAUCGAUCCUGAACUUUGCACUCACCUAGUGUACUCUUUUGCGAAGAUCAAUCGAAACACUGACAAACUGGCCAUGUACGAAUGGAACGAUGACAAAUUAUACCCAAGAUUCAACGCAUUGAAACAAAAAAAUCCCAGUCUCCGAACCCUAUUGGCUGUGGGAGGAUGGAAUCAUGAAAAUCACAACAGUCCAUUUUCAAAAAUGGUCAAAACUGCGGCUUCAAGAAAGGUGUUUAUAGACUCUGCAAUUGAGAUGUUAAGAAAAUGGGAUUUUGAUGGUCUCGAUCUCGAUUGGGAAUAUCCUGCCACUCGGGGAGGUUCACCGCCUGAGGAUAAGCAGAGGUUUACAGUACUCUGCCAGGAAUUAUUGAAUGCAUUCAAAGCUGAAGCAGCCGAAACGGGAAGACCUCGCCUGUUGCUGACUGCUGCCGUUGCAGCUGGCUAUAAGACCAUCGACAAAGCGUAUGAAGUGGCCAAACUUGGCCCUCUUCUGGACAUCCUCAACCUCAUGACCUAUGAUCUGCACGGCAACUGGGACAAAGUAACCGGACAUCAUACGGCUAUGGUAGGGGAUGACAAACUGACCGUGCCGUAUGCUGUUCAGUACUGGAUUGACAAAGGAUUUCCAGCCAGUAAGAUCGCUCUUGGCCUUGCUACGUAUGGAAGAGCAUUUGCACUGAAAGACCCAAGCAAUAAUGGUCUUGGCGCUCCUAAGCAUGAUUGGCAGAAACCCCACAAAGGUCAAUUUACCCGUGAGGCAGGCUUUCUGGCAUACUACGAGAUCUGUAAGCUUGGCCUGACCGUUGUCAAUAAUAAUGCUGUCAUGGCGCCAUAUGGACACAAAGGCACCAUCUGGGUGGGUUUUGAUGACAAGUACAGUUUGCAGUACAAGGUGGAGGAGUUAAUCAAGAAAAAGGGUCUGAUGGGAGCGAUGUUUUGGGCUCUCGACUUGGACGAUUUCAGUGGCUCCCAAUGUGGCGAUGGCCCAUAUCCCUUGAUGAACGCCGUCAAGAAGUACUUGGGUGGUUAUACACCACCGCCACGUCCCACCGAGCUCACCCCGCCUCCUCAAACUCAACCUCCUCAACCUCCAGUGCCAACCGACGGACCAGGACCUGCUACCCCGAUGCCGCCAACCGAAAAGCCAAGACCUCCUUCUGGGGGUUGCGUCGCUAUUCCACCUUAUGACCAGUCUCCAGGACAGGAUGCAUGGUGCAAAGCUAACUGUGCUGUGGGAUACUGUCCUUCAACACACUGCAAAUUCAUGCGAUCUUUCGUUCCUUUUCUGUUUGUGGCGAUUGCCUCAUACACUAGCGCUAAUAACUAUGUACGAGUGUGCUAUCACACAAACUGGUCUCAAUACCGUCCAGGUAUUGGAAAGUUCUUUCCUGAAAACAUUGAUCCUUUUCUGUGUACCCAUCUGAUGUACGCGUUUGCAAAGAUCGAUCGAAACACCAACAAACUGGCCAUGUUCGAGUGGAAUGAUGACCAGUUAUACCCCAGGUUCAACGCCUUAAAGAAUAAAAACCCUGAGCUGCGAACGUUGCUAGCAGUAGGAGGAUGGAACCACGAGAACUUUGACAGUCCAUUUUCAAAAAUGGUUAAAACUCAGGCUACUAGAAAGGUAUUUAUUGACUCCGCCAUUACGACACUUCGAGCGUGGGGUUUUGACGGUCUUGACCUGGAUUGGGAAUAUCCUGCCUCUCGGGGAGGUUCACCGCCUGAAGAUAAAAGGAGAUUUACCUUACUGUGUCGGGAGCUAUUAGAAGCUUUUAAAGCUGAAGCAGCCAAAACGGGAAAACCUCGCCUGCUGCUAACUGCCGCCGUUGCAGCUGGCUAUAAGACCAUCGACAAAGCGUAUGAAGUGGCCAAACUUGGCCCACUUCUGGAUAUCCUCAAUCUCAUGACUUACGACCUACACGGGAACUGGGACUCAGUAACGGGACAUCACACUGCCAUGGCAGGGGAUGACAAAAUGACUGUUCCGUUUGCGGUCCAGUACUGGAUUGACAGAGGAUUUCCAGCAAACAAGAUUGCUCUUGGACUUGCUCCGUACGGAAGAGCAUUUGCACUGAAAGACCCAAGCAAUAAUGGCCUUGGCGCUCCUAAGCAUGAUUGGCAGAAACCCCACGAAGGACCAUAUACCCGCGAAUCUGGCUUUCUGGCUUACUACGAAAUCUGUAAACUUGGUUUGAACAUUGUCAACGAUAAUAAAGUUAAGGCACCUUACGGCUACAAACAUACAAUCUGGGUGGGUUUCGACAACAAGGACAGCCUGCACCUCAAGGUGAACAAGCUGAUAAUGAAAAAGGGUCUGAAAGGAGCGAUGUUUUGGGCUCUCGACUUGGACGAUUUUAGAGGAUCCCAAUGUGGGGAGGGCCCAUAUCCCUUGAUUAACGCUGUGAAGAAGUAUCUAGGUGGCUACAUACCUCCUCCUCGUCCCACUGAUGUAAUACCGGCACCUACUACAAAAAAGCCAAUGCCACCAACUGAAGGACCGGAGCCACCAACCGACGGACCACAGCCACCUACAAUCACCGACCGACCGGUUCCUUCCACUGAAAAGCCCACUGCUUCUCCUAGUGGUUGCGUGGCAGUCCCACCUUAUGACACAGCACCAGGUAUGGUCGCAUGGUGCGUAGCAAAUUGUGCGGCUGGAUACUGCCCGGCUUCUCACUGUAAAUGCAAUUAA